CUCACAACCCAAAAGCCCUUCGCAACAAAACCCACAAGCCCUCAAUCGUCUGCCCAUCAUAAUACAAGAACUUUGGCUGCUUUCGAUUCAGCCAUCAACUCUAUCGCAACCAUGGAUUCUCUCGACGUAUUCACCAACCUCCCCCUGCAAAUGGACCCAACCACAAAAGCCAUUAGCACCACCACCCCGCAAAACAACGCCAUCGAGACCGAACUCGCCGCCCUCAACGCCCUCCACCGCUCCCUCCUCACCCUCGACACCCCCACCGGUACACCCCCACCCCCCGUCCCCGUCAACCCCAAGCGCUCCGCGCAAAUCAGCAAGCUCCGCGAAUCCGGUAACACCGAGUUCCGCAAGGGAAACCACGCAAACGCCGUCCGCAUGUACUCUCUGGCGAUCGAGAUGGCGCUCGGGCGACCGGCAUGGGAGCCUUCGGGUCUUGUCAGGGAAGAAGUUUCGGGAUUGUUGUCGAAUCGGGCGCAGGCGAAUAUGGCGCAGCAGAAUUGGCCCGAGGGAGCUGUGGAUGCGGAGGCGUCGGUGGAGAUGAAGAGAGUUGGGAAUGCGAAAGCUUGGUGGAGGAGGGGGAAGUGUUUGAUUGAGAUGGGGAGGUUGGACGAGGCCGAGGCGUGGGUUAAGGAGGCGUUGGAGUAUGAGGCUACGGAGCAGGAUUUGGUGCAGUUGAAGGCGGAGAUUGAGAAGAGGAAGACGGCGACUAUAUAGGGAUGACGGCUGGGGAGGUGGAUUGGGUUGGGGGAUAUUUGUGGAGCUGCAUUGCGAGGCGUUAGUGGAGUUAUUGGUUUUUCUCAGUGGGACUGGGAACUAGAGACUCUACUUCGUGUCUGGAUUUUCAGGCAGAUGAUAGAUUAUUGCUGAGCACAUUC